AUGAGCUCUUGGGACGACGAAGACGAUAUCUUCGACGGUGCUGAUUUCUACAACACCCUCACUUCAACAAACUCUACGGCAAAGACCCGUAAUCCUUUACCACCUCCACAUGCUUCAAACAACCGGCAACAGCUACAACAACAAUCGCGUGCAGCACCUUCACAGUUUAACAAAAAUCCAUCGUCUCUAGACCUGGAUAUAUCUGGGCUGCCAAUUCAAAACAAUUCUUGGAACAAUAAUUCGACUUCCAGACCUGGAUUCCGUUCAAAUGCAAAACCAUAUUCCCGACCAAACACUACAUCAGGAGAAACUGAUACUACAGAUGCAGAUGCAGCAGCUAUUGAACUUGGUAUUGCAGACGAAAUGCCUGUUGCUACAGGCCGCAAAGCUAUAAAUCGUGCAAAGCUUGAUGAAGACCGACUGCUCGAUCCAGUUUUGGGUAUCCCAUUUCUCCAGAAAAACGGAAUUAUUCCUUCGUUUCUUUCUCAAAAGCACACACCACCUUCUUCUCCACCUUUGAGUCCAGUUCCUUCAUUUCUGGAGUCUGCACGUCCUCGGCCGCAAUCUCAACAACAAUCUCGCGUUCUUCGUGGCAAAGGCCAUGAGCGUGGGGAUCUUCACCGGCUUCUUCAGUUUUACCAACUUUGGGCUCACAAACUUUAUCCUGUACGGUUUGACGACUUCAUUGUGGGCGCUCUUCGUGUGGGAGACCGGCCGCGUAUGAAGCGCAUGCGUCGUGAGUGGCUUGAUGAAGAGUACUCUGCGGUUGGUGCUGCUGCCAAACGUGUGCGAACAGAUGAGUUAGAUUCUUUGGACAAGUCGAAAACUACGUCUACAGAAAAGAAUAGUGAAAGGGAGAAGGCCCAGGAACCUCAGGAGACUACUACGGCCAAUGCUUCAAAAGAACCUAGAAGAAGAGUGGAUAUUGAUUCCAUGUUUGUUUCUGGGCCUGGUGCGGAAAUUAUAGAUGAAGACGAAAUAGACCCUGAUGAUUCUUUUGACGCCUAUUUCCAUGGGAGCAGGUCGAUUGGCUCUACAACUUCCACUACUGCCACUAGUUUACCGGCAAGUGAUAGUAUACUAACCAAAGAUCUUGAGAGUCGUCCGACAUCAUCUUCAUCUUUACAAAAAGAUUCUUCUCCACCGUUUGUUUUUGAUAUUGACGAUGACGAGGAUGAGGAUCGUGUGGUUGUUACUAAAAAGCAUAAGCCACGGCGAAUUGACGACGAUGACGAUGACGAAGACGAUGACGAAGACGAAAAGAAAGAUGUUGGUGAUAAGCCAGAUGAACACUCUAAUGAUAACGACAAAGAAAUUGAAGAAAAUGAUAAGCCCACUUCACCUGCUUCUAAAAAUGACUCUGUGCCAUUUGAAAUCAGCGACACAGAGCCUGCAGAUGAUUUUGAGGAAAGUGCAUUGGCAAUGGCCGAAGAUAUGGGAUUUUAA